CUUCAUUGUAGUCCUACGUUUUCUCUAUAUUUCAAGUGACUUAGCACACAAAUAUUCCCACAAAAAUUAUAAGAAAAAAUGAAGUUAUUUUCUUUCUUUCUCUUAAUUUUUGUAGUCCUCUUCUCCACGAAAACCCUAGCUCAGACACUGGCACAACCACCCGCACCAGCCGGUCCGACCAACAUAACGAAAAUCCUCGAAAAGGCCGGCCAGUUCACGACACUGAUCAGGCUUAUGAAGACCACACAAGUAGCUGAUCAGAUAAAUACGGCGCUUAACAAUUCAAACCAGGGGUUAACUGUAUUUGCACCAACUGAUAAUGCAUUUUCCAGCCUCAAAGCUGGGAUCCUAAACUCCCUAAGUGACCAGGAGAAAGUUUCAUUACUGCAAUUUCAUAUUUUGCCUAAUUUUCUUACAAUGUCACAGUUUCAAACUGUGAGCAAUCCAUUGAGGACUCAAGCUGGGGACAGUGUCGAUGGGGAGUUCCCUUUAAAUGUUACUACUUCUGGCAACCAAGUCAAUGUGUCCUCAGGUGUAAAUGAUGCCACAGUGGCCAACACAAUUUAUACAGACAACCAAUUGGCAGUGUAUGAAGUAGACAAGGUGCUUCUUCCUUUGAAGAUUUUUGCUUCUCCGGCUCCCGCCUCGGCCCCAUCCCCAUCCCCAUCCUCCCCAAAUCUUAAAAAGAAGACUCCGGUGGCCGACAGCCCUGUGGCGGGAGUUGAUGCUUCGGCCGCUACUGGCGCAGACGUCCUUGCCAUGCGUGGCAUUUUGCAGAUGGUGGCCUUUGGAGUUGCUAUGGUUGCAACACUUAGGUUGUGACAUUAGAGAGGAUUUAUUACAAACAUGAUUUUCUUGGACAUAUUGAGUGUUUUUGAAUAAUUGCCACGUCUUGAGUCCAAUGCACUUUACAUUCAUUGUGAUUAAAUUUGUAAGACAUGAGAAAAUUUUGCCUUUUUUUUUUUUUUUUUUUUUUUUCAUUUUUACAAUUUAAUUGUUUUCUUUUCCCUGUUUUAAUUUUUUUUUUGGUUACAUUUGUGUAUCUUGGUAUUUUGUACUUUAUAUUUGUAUCAAUUGGUUGUUAAAAACCAGUCAA